CAAUGUCUGUUUAGAAGUUGUGAUUAGUUUUAAUAUUGCAGACGUUUGAGGACUUAAACCUGAACAGACAUGUAUUUUCAAUGCCUUAUUCUGCUCAUGUUGGCUCAAACAUCGCUGGUUCUCCCGGCUCUUGUCGAUAGGAUUAAUGUUCAGAUCCAGCAGCCGGUCGUUUUGGGUCAUCGGCCCGUCACCGGGCGAGUUCUUCUCAAUGGAGUCCCCCUUCUUGCCACCAACCAGGAGCUCAGCAACAUUCUUCAAAGAAUGUCAGCUGAUUUACUCGCUCUUAGACUCCUCAGUGGAAACCAGUCGGCAUUGCUGGGGAACCAAAGCUACAUUUGGUCUCGUGACUGCACACUGGAGGGGUCCGAGCUGCAGAGGACAGAUCGUUUUUUCUACGACGGUGUGGUCUACCUGUCUCUGAACCACAAUGGCACUUGGACAGCUCACACUCCCCAAGCAGCGGCCCUCAAAGCGUUGUGGGAGCGAGUGGGGCGGAGCUCACUGGAGGAUGAAUGCAUGAUCCUGAUGAGGGAAUUGAAGCUUUCUGAAGAGCAGCCAGAGCCAGAGAUUCCUUCCCCGCAGUUUUUGAUCUCAAUCUUGGCACUUCUGGCCUUCACUGGGCUUGUUGGCAUCAGCUUCCUCCUCGCCACUAAACAGGGUCUGACUUUCCCUGGGGGGGUUCUUGGAUCUAUCGUACACUACCCUAAGAACAUGGCAGGGCUGAAUUCAGCGAUAAAAUCCAAUGAUUAUCAUACCUUUAUAAAUUAUUAACUUUUAUCCUGUAUCUUAAUUGCUUUAUUGUAGUCACUCAAUAAAUGUACAUACACUAUAUUGCCAAAAGUAUUUGGCCACCCAUCCAAAUGAUCAGGAUCGCACAGUCAGUUGCUACAGAGCUCCAAACUUCAUGUGACCUUCCAAUUAGCCCACGUACAGUACGCAGAGAGCUUCAUGGAAUGGGUUUCCAUGGCCGAGCAGCUGCAUCUAAGCCAUACAUCACCAAGUCCAAUGCAAAGCGUCGGAUCCAGUGGUGUAAAGCACGUCGCCACUAGACUCUAGAGCAGUGGAGAUGCGUUCUCUGGAGUGAUGAAUCACGCUUUUCCAUCUGGCAAUCUGAUGGACGAGUCUAAGUUUGGAGGUUGCCAGGAGAACGGUACAUUUCGGACUGCAUUGUGCCGAGUGUGAAAUUUGGUGUAGGAGGGACAGGCGGUAGAAAAUGGAUGGAUGGAUGGAUUUAUGGUGUGGGGUUGUUUUUCAGGAGUUGGGCUUGGCCCCUUGGUUGCAGUGAAAGGAACUUUGAAUGCUCCAGGAUACGAAAACAUUUUGGACAAUUCCAUUCUCCCAACCUUGUGAGAACAGUUUGGAGCAGGCCCCUUCCUCUUCCAACAUGACUGUGCACCAGUGCACAAAGCAAGGUACAUAAAGACAUGGAUGCCAGAGUCUGGUGUGGAUGAACUUGACUGGCCUGCACAGAGUCCUGACCUGAACCCGAUAGAACAGUGG